GAGAAGACAGUCUCUUUCCCGGCCAUCUUGUGGCAGCAAUCAGCGAGCUGUUCGCUUCAAGCCUCGUAGAAUCGGAGGAAAAUCCCGUUAAAGGGGCGUCAUCAUGCCCGGACAUCUGCAAGAAGGCUUCGGCUGUGUCGUAACCAAUCGGUUCGACCAGUUAUUUGACGACGAAUCUGAUCCUUUUGAGGUUUUAAAGGCGGCAGAAAACAAGAAGAAAGACAGUGCCGCUUCUGGUCUCUCCAAGACUGCCGCGCAAGCCGCGAAGCAGCCUAAAAAGGAAUCUCAAAAGGAUAGGAAGAAUCCUCUACUGGACAAAAAGGAAGAAACGCAGCCCCCCGUACCCCUUAAAAAAGAAGGCAUCAGAAGAGUUGGCCGAAGGCCUGACCAACAGUCUUCACAGCAGGCACCACAGUUAUCUUCUCAGCAGCCGAGUAACCAGCAACAGGGGAAUCAAGUAGAAGGAAAAACUGGUGAGAGGAGACCAGAAAGGCGGAUCCCUCGUGAGCGCCGAUUUGACAAGCCUACUGAAGAAAAGCCUGAAGGUGGAGAGUUCUCUGUGGACAAGUCUAUUGGGGAUAGGCCACUUCGUGGACGUGGUGGUGGACGAGGCGGCCGUGGUGGACGAGGCCGUGGCAUGGGUAGAAGUGAUGGAUUUGACUCUCGUGGCAAGCGUGAAUUUGACAGACACAGUGGAAGCGACCGAUCCAGUCUGAAAGCUGAGGAGAAACGUGGUGGAAGUGGAUCUCACAACUGGGGCACCGUUAAGGAUGAAUUAACUGAAUUAGAUCAAUCCAAUGUGACUGAAGAAACUCAUGAAGGAGAAGAACAACCAGCGGCUGACUCUGAAAACAAGGAGAAUGAAGUAGAGGAAGUAAAAGAGGAAGGACCAAAGGAAAUGACCUUGGAUGAAUGGAAAGCCAUGCAAGAUAAAGAGCGAGCCAAGGUUGAGUUCAACAUUCGAAAGCCUAAUGAGGGUGCCGAGUGGAAGAAAGGAUACGUUUUGCACAAAUCUAAGAGUGAAGAUGCCCAUGCCGAUGAAGCUUCUGGAGAACAUCAUUUCCGGAAACCAGCUAAUGACAUUACAUCCCAGCUGGAGAUUAACUUUGGUGAUUUGGGACGCCCUGGCCGUGGCCGAGGAGGCACGCGUGGUGGCGGCCGUGGACGUGGAACCCGGCCAGCCCGUGGAGGAAGGUCUGAUAAGGCUGGAGGUGUGUCUGUUCCUAAUGUGGAUGACCCAGAGGCAUUUCCAGCUCUGGCUUAAACAGAAAAGUUGUCGUCAGCCGAACCUUAAGCCCUUCGGGCCCUCCUCUACGAGGCUUGCAUGCUUAUGGAUCCUUUUCCAACUAUAAGAAAAAUGAAAAGACUGUCAUCCAUACCAUUCACACCUGAGGACUGAAAUUUUAUCUGUUCAAAAAGGACUUCUCUUGCUACACAGAAGCAAAAAUACUGGUAGAAGGUUUUGUAUUUAGAAACAAGGUAGCAGGGAUGUUUUCAUACAGUAAUUUUUUUCAGAGAUUAUGCAUUCUUCAUGAAUACUUUUUGUAUUGCUGCUUGAAAAUAUGCAUUUCCAAACUUGAAAAUAUAGGUGUGAAGAGUGUGUAACAGUUA